UCAAGCCAGAACAACAACCACGAGGAGCUAGUCAAGAUCACCAGCACCCUAAGCUAUGCCUUCACAACCCAGCUGAAACUGAGCGACAAGCACAUCACCCACCUUCAAGAGGAGCUGACACGUGCUCAACGUCACAUAGACAAGCUGGAAGUGAAAGUUCAAGAUCAACUCAAAGCACCCAACGAGAGGGAGCAGGAAACAACGGAACAAGUUAAGAAGCUCCAAGCAGCCCUGGCAGCAGCUCAGCUCAACCAGCAACAUGCGACAGCUGCCCAGAGAGACCUGGUAAACAGACUCCAGUAUGCCGAACAGCUACUAGAGAAAGACAAGAAUGACAUCAGAGACAAGAAUUCUGAAAUCAGUGCUUUGAAAGACCACCUUGAAAGGUACAGAACUGAAAUGGACAAUCUGACCCAACAAUUAGACGAUACCAACGAUGAGCUCUACAUGGUCAGAAAAGAACUCCAAUAUGCUUACGAACUGGCAUAUGACGAAAGGAGCGAAGGCCCACAACCUAAAACCUCACCUGCCUUCGCCACACAACCCUGUCCUGCCAACGAAGGAAAACCUCCCGUCCAAGACCAUAGAGCUGCACACGGGAUGACCAUCAAAGACCUCAACAAGCUGUCUGAAAACAUCAGCAGGUUCAACCCGAACUCCACAGAGGGCCAUGACAUCCAGGCUUACCUGCAAGAUAUCGAAUUUCAUCUGGAAAUGAGACCUCAUGUGACUGACAGAGACAGGUUAUACAUCAUUAGAGCCACGUCCAGUCCUGAGGUACGAAACUUCCUAGAUCGACAGCCCAGUCAAACAAAGUCAAACUACCAGCGACUUUGUGAGGUCCUGAUUAAAGAGUUUACAGACCCAGAGUCUGAACAUGGACUGUUAACUGCCUUGGAAACCAAACAAGGUCGACAAGAGACUCCACAAGCUUACUACAACCGACUCCGACAAGCCUACUUUGGUGCACACAACAAGCCUGACCUUGAAGAGGAUGUGAACUUCAAAAGCCUCUUCCUAAAGAAUCUGCACCCUGGAGUCAGCCACCAUCUAGGUGUCAUGGCCUGUCCGCGCUCCAUGACCAUCCAACAGUUGCGUGACCUUACACAGAAGGCCUAUAACAAGCAGAAGAUGGCCUCAAAGAAAGGUAACAAAACAUCCACACUCUUGAACUCUGUCAACAAAGACUCAAGCCUUGCA